AUGAAUGGUGCCGGCAGCCCGUAUGGCCAGCCCCCGGCGUGGCAGGAGCAUCGCACUCCUGACGGCCGAGCCUAUUACUAUAAUGCGGCCACCAAGGUCACUCAAUGGACCAAGCCAGAGGAUAUGAUGACUCCGGCUGAGAGAGCUCUCGCCAACCAGCCUUGGAAGGAGUACACCGCGGAGGGCGGCCGCAAGUAUUGGUACAACACCGAGACCAAAACGAGCUCUUGGGAGAUGCCCGAUGUGUACAAGAAAGCUUUGGGUGCCACGAGCGGCCCGACCGACAGCGACAGGCCUGCACCGUACGACCGAGGAGCUCCUUCUGACAGAUAUUCCAACGACCGUUACGAUUCCUACAGAGAUCAUCGAGAUACGUUCCACGAGUCGCGCCAGUUGACAUUUGGCAACGACACGACAGCCAAAGCGUUUGUUCCCGCGAGCAAUGAGCCCGAGUUUGCCACGCAAGAAGAGGCCGAGGCUGCGUUCAAUAAGUUGCUCAAGCGCAGCGGCGUCCAGCCCGACUGGACCUGGGAACAGGCACUACGAACCAUUGCAAAGGACCCCCAGUACAGGGCGAUCAAGGACCCCAAGGACCGAAAAGCAGCGUUCGAGAAGUACUGCCAUGACAUGAUAGUCCAAGACAAGGAGCGCGCAAAGGAGAGACUGACCAAGCUGCGUACUGACUUCGAGACCAUGCUCAAGCGUCAUCCGGAGAUCAAGCACUACACGAGGUGGAAGACGGCGCGGCCCAUGAUUGAAGGUGAGACCAUCUUCAGGUCUACCGACAACGAGACCGAGCGUCGCCAGCUUUUCGAGGAGUACAUCAUCGAGCUCAAGAAGGCCCACGUGGAGAAUCAGGCAGCUAUGCGCAAGACCGCUAUGGACGGUCUGAUCGACCUCCUGCCGAAGCUCAACCUUGAGCCCUACACGCGCUGGUCUGACGCGCAGGGCCUCAUUUCAUCCACGGCGCCCUUCCAGAACGAUGAGAAGUACAAGACCCUGAGCAAGUUUGACAUUCUGAUUGCGUUCCAAAACCACAUGAAGGCGUUGGAGCGUGCGUUCAACGACUCUAAGCAGGAGCAGAAGAACAAAAAGUUCCGCAAAGAGCGCAAGGCUCGUGACGGCUUCAUCUCCCUUCUUGCCGAGCUUAGGAAAGACGGCAAGAUCAACGCCAGCACGAAGUGGCGUCAGAUUCAUCCUCUCAUCGAGAAUGACGAUCGGUACAAGGCCAUGCUCGGCCAGGGCGGCUCGGGUCCACAAGAACUGUUCUGGGAUCUCGUCGAAGAAGAGGAGAAAGCGAUGCGCGGCGCUAGAAACGAUGUCUACGAUGUUAUUGACGACGAGCGAUUCGAUAUUACCCCCCAGACCACGUUUGAGGAGUUCUAUGCCGUGAUGAAGAAGAGUCGUCGCACUGCUAACAUUGAUCGCGAUAUUCUCCUGGUUCUUUUUGAACGCGUGCGUGUCAGCAGCCCCCAUAGAAACACGCAGGAGCUAACAUGUGCAUUGCAGGCCAAGGAGAAAAGGUCUCUGAAGAGAUCGGACGACGAGAGACAAUCUGAACGACAGCAGCGAAGAGCAGCUGAUGAUCUCCGAGCGUACUUGAAGCGUAUGGAUCCCCCCAUCACCCCGGAUGACACGUACGAGAAGGUCAAGGUUCGCCUUACGGAUGCACCCGCAUUCCAGGCCGUCACUUCGGAGGAUGUUCGCAUCGCCACCUUUGAUAGAUACGUGAGAAGACUUCGCGAGAAGGAGGAAGAGGCCGACCGUGACCGUCGGCGUAGACGUGGUCGCGACUCUAGCGAACGCGACCCAUACCGCGAGAGACCCCGGUCUAGAGGUGAGCGAUCUCAUCGCAGCAGUGGCCGUGCUACCAGGCGAAGUCGUAGUCCGGAGCCAGACGCCUACGAGGCGGACAGACGCAAAGCCAUCGCUGAGCGCGAGCGGAACCACCGUAAAUCGACCAUGGCCGAGAGCCUUCUCUCCGUGGACCGGGAACGUCGCCCGUCACCUCCCCCGCGCCGUGAGAGAGAGCGUGAGCGCGAGCGCGACAGAGACCGCGAGCGCGAUCGUGACUAUGACCGUCAUCGCUCACGUCGCGACGAUGAUAGUCACUAUGACCGCGAGAGACGCGACAGGGAAGAAGAACGGGAGAGGCUGUAUCGACGCCGCAUGGGGUCCUAUGACGAGCUUCCUUAUGGGGAUGAGCGUCCGUCCGGAUCGCGACGCCGCCGGGAGGAAGACGAGGACGACCGACGUGAUUCCAGAGACUCAAAGGUACGACGCAUCCCCUAUACCAUCAUAAUGCCACAUCCGAAUCAUGACGCUAACAGCCGAUGCAGAGAGACUCCGCCGCCGGCCGCCGCGCCGACCACCGCUGCCGUUAAGGACAAAGAGACAACGACGGUCAAGGAUGUUGCGAAAGAAAAGGAGAAGGAAAAGGAAGACCCCGCUGGUGUCCACUCGGGGUCCGAAGAGGGCGAAAUCGAAGAGGACUGA